AUCAGAUGAGGUAAGCUUUACAAAAAUUAAUUGGAAACUAUAAAUUUGUUGCGUGUAACAUCAUAGAUUUUGAUUAAUAAUGAACAUUGAACAAAUGAAUCAGAUCUAGGUAUCUUAAGGCCUUAACUUUUAAUUGAAUUAAUUUAAAAUAUUUAUAAGGUCCCAAAAUAAUCAAUUAGAACAUGACGUGCCGUCCAAUUUGAUUCAAUUGACUUAUAAUUUACUCAAACUGGAAAGUAAUUACAACCAGAAAGAAAUUUUCUUGAAUCUCGAGUCCCAGUUUCUCAGUCACAGAAUGGGGUUAUUCGGUGCCAGUGCAGGUGGAAAUGGCGGCAUAUGGGGCAUGGGGCCGUUUCAUAACAACAUUCACAAGAGGAGCGACGGAACGAGGAACAGAACCAACGGAAAUUCGAAAUCCUCUAGCUCAGUCGACGCCACAGGAGGCGCCGCCGGUUACCGGUUUCCCCUCAAGCAAGCCGCCACCGCUGCCUCCCUCGCCCUCACUGGUGACACUAUCGCCCAAGUCCGCCACUGCUGGGUCAGAAACAAAGAUACCGUUGCCCAUUAUCGUGAUUUCAAGGAUAUAAUGGAUGUUGUUUUGUCCGAGCAUGACUGGAUUAGAGCCCUCCGAAUGACUUCAUAUGGUUUCCUAUUAUAUGGCCCUGGUUCCUAUGCAUGGUAUCAGUUCCUUGAUCAUAGCAUGCCAAAGCAAACUGUUGAGAACUUAUUGAUGAAGGUUUUGUUAAACCAAAUUGCACUAGGUCCAACUGUAAUUGCAGUUGUUUUUGCAUGGAACAAUUUAUGGCAAGGGAAACUUGCAGAGCUUCCCAAUAAAUACAAAAAAGAUGCCCUCCCUACCCUAUUGUUUGGAUUUCGGUUCUGGAUUCCUGUGAGCAUAUUGAAUUUUUGGUAUGUCACACUCUGUCCUUAUUCCUCCCUGUCUUCUCUCCCCAGUCCGGCCACCCCCUUCCUCUCAUCUAGCACUAUCACAACCCUCACCACAACCACACUGAAGGGUGAAAAGAGAUUCAAGUAUUUGUUCACAAAGUACAAGAUUGUCCCCCUUCAGGCCCGUGUUGCUUUCAUGUCCAUGGGCUCUAUAUUCUGGAACUUUUUCUUGUCUUCAACUCUGAGCAAGUGAAUGCUGCAGAACUCAUAUCCAUGGACGGCCAUAUGACAGUUUGAGUAUCAAGUAUCAGUCAAAACAUCAUUUUACUACUAUGUUUUCUUUUAGAUUUCAGUACUUUGGUGGAUAGCGUUUAUCAAGAUAGCGCAGUUGGAAGCAAUUUCUGAACAUUCUCGGUAUCUUUACAUGGCAUUUUAGUACAAUCUGUGGAUCGUCAUUCGCAAAAAUACCAGCUCAUUAUUUGACCUCUGCUGCUGCACAAUAGAUUGAAUCUUUUACUUU